ACCUUUUUCCUACACACUCUCUGAGACCUAAACAUCACUAUCUUAGCCACUACCCAGAGCUAACUGUUUAUUUUGGACCACUCAUACGCUUAUGGACAUUACGCUUUGAGAGCAAGCAUAUGUAUUUUAAACAGUGUGCAAGAAAACUGCACAACUUUAAAAAUGUGUGCUUAACUCUUGCAGAAAGACAUCAGCUUCUGCAGGCAUUUCUUGGUGCUGGUGAGCUGUUUCCUCCUGCUAUUACUGCUGAAAAGGCAACAGAGUUUGUGAGCAAUGUCCUCCAUAAGGGAAGAACUAAAAGACAUCAUCCACAAGGCCUUACCUUCUAAUGAUGACAACAUCACACAGCUUUUGAUUGAUCGAAUUUUGGACUCUGGUUUGGAAUCCAAGGAUGACCUUAAGUUUGUUCAACAAGAGGACAUCAGUGACAUACUUCCGACUAUAAAACUGCGGAAACUACUCAGUACUUUUAAAAUGGAGACGGAAACUGUUACUUUGGAUCUUAGCAUCAUGCAGCACACUCCAUCAUCAGCUGGGAGCUCCUCACCUAUUCCAUGCUCUUCUAAUAUGUUUACUGAUGGAGAAUCAAGCAGUCUAGAAGACAGUAGACCAUCUACAUCCCAUGCUACGAAAUCAUGGCCAGAUACCUUCCAGGUGCCAUGGCAGCUUAUGCCUGGUGAAAUUCAGACAGCUAUUUCCUCUGGGAGGCGGCCUUCACCACAGGCAAGACGACAGAUGGUUAGGGUGCUUGCAGAUGAAAUGAGAAAAUAUGAGCCAACUCCAACACGCGCACAAUGUCUUACUAUUUGUAAAGGGAUAGUUCACAAAUAUCCGCAAAGUUUUGCAGAUCAGCUUCAUGAUGGCCGAAUUGUUGGUGAAGGUUAUAGCUCACUUUUGAUCCAGAUCAAGACAAGAAUAGACAAUGUUAGUCGAACCACCAGUUUCAGACAGCACAGGUCAUCAAGCAGCAGCAAUAAAAGAGGACCCACUGACACAUAUGGUUGUACGCGAUUUCAGCCUGGUCUUCCUUUAGAGGAAACGGAUGCCUCUGUUGAGAAUAAACGCCAGAAGCUGGAGAAUAUCUAUCUUCGAGAAGGAGCAAAAGGAAUAGAGAAGGCUGAAGUAAACCAACUGAUGGAGACAACGUACUGCCUUCAACGAACCCAAAUAAAUAGUGUCCCAGCUCCUUCUGUUGCAGAGAUAAUGGAAAAGUGGCCAUACCUCUUUUUUCAGAAAGGCCUGCUCACACAUUUUGAGCUACUUACCGACAUCAAUGUCCUACGUGCAUUUGAACUGUCAAUGCAAGAAUGUGGAAAGACCAUUUUAGAGUUUUUUAAAAGCAAGCCUACAAACUCUGAAGUAAAGUCAGUCCUUUCCAACGAUGCUGUCACUGAUUCAUCUUACCUCGUUGUGCUACUCCUUAUGGCUCACUUUGUUGAAAAGAAAGAAGGACUCAUUCUUCAUGAAAAUAUGUCUGCCACUCCUGCUGAUCUUGAAAAGAUGGGUAACCUGCCUGUGACUCCUCGUUUGAUCCUGCUUGGUCCAGAUGAUACUCCGGGCCAGUGGAUAAAACAAUGGAUGAUCAGCAUGGAAGGCAGAGUAAUCUGUGAGGGUGUGCAGCCCCAUUUUCUUUCUGGACUUGCUACAGUGUUUUCUUUGUACUACAUCUUCAAUUUGCAGUACCAGGAGGAAACAGCAUGCACACUGGAAUUCCUUCAAAGACGCUUUGCUGGGAUAAAUCCAGAGAAGGGAACCAAGGCUGCAAGGGGAAAUGUGACAUCAAAAAAAAGUGGCAAGACAGUUCAGAAGAAGACCAUGACUGUAAACGCCAAGGUUUCAAACCUUUUAAAAAAACUAAUGGACUUUGAAUGGGACUUUAUUUAAAAGUCCCCCCCCCCCCCCCACCCCCCACACACACACACUUUCGCAACAAUAAUAUAUAAACCAGAGGCCUUUUUUUAGUUCAUUUUGGGGCUACAUAUUUUUUUAUUUUAUAUACAAGACUACAUUGUAAAGUGGCUAUUUAUUAUUUUUUUCUAAGACAUUCGGUAAGUUGCUUCUUGUUGUACAAUGCUGAAUGUGUUCUCAACAUUUCUUGAGAACUUACAAUUUUUGCCUGUUCUUUGGCUUAAUAUUGUCAAAAUAACAAUGCUUGUUUUAUUUUGUGUUGUUUGAAAAUAAAUAUGUGAAAUAUA